CGUUCAAAUUUUAGUGUAGUUCGUUGCUUGGCCGUGUGCGGUUCUAUACUUGGCUUUCACUAACCAAGAAACCAAUUCGAACACUUUCGAAACUUAGCAAAAAUCAAACGCCAAAGUCGUCUAUAAAUGUAGAGCGCGCAGAGUUAAGACAUAAGAAAGCGCGACAGUCGACAAAAAGUGCCAAAUUUUUUAUUUCGUUUAUUAGCAAAGCCGUGAUUAAAGCGAACACUUGGAUUAUCGCUCACGGUGCAGCUAUUGCACGGAAAAUUCUAAUAAGUGUGUUCAAUAUAAGAAAAAUAAAAACAUAAACAAAUAAGCAAAAAUUGCUCAAAAUUGUGUUCAAAAUAAUUUUGAAACUCACCAAGUGAUUUUAUCAUUAAAAACCAUGAAUAUUUGUGAAAAAUAAAUAACUGUAUCAAAAACAGCAAAGUAAACAACAUAAACGUUAGCAACAACAAACAUUUCUGUUUGCCACGGAAGUGCUUUAUUAAACAGUUAAGUGCUGAAAAUCACAGUGAAAAUACAAAAUCACUCAAAUUGCAAUUGAAGUGCGUGUGAAAAAUUGGAGAAAUCAUAAAAAUCGCAUGAGAACUCUGUUUUAAUGUGUACGAGUUACAGCUGGCCAGUUGGAAAAGCAAUGGAACGCUUAUAAAACCAACACUCAUUAAGUACGCUGCACACCACGAACGAAGCAACGUAUGCGCUAUAGCAAACAGCAACAACAAAAACAACAAAAUUAAAAUUACAGCAACGCUUAAUAAGCAACCACACUCACACACGUACAUAUAUACUUACCACAAAAUGUUGCAACUCACAAGCAUUACCUACGUUUCACUACUCUGCCUGCUGCUGACCGCCACAGCUAGCGGUUUGGCUAACUGUCCAGCCGGUUGUCAGUGCGAUGACAACACCUUGGUCGUACAGUGCGGCGAGGGUCAAUUGGAUGUGUUGCCCAUCGCGUUGAAUCCAUCCAUACAGCGGUUGGUGAUACGCAACAACAAAAUCAAGACAAUCGACUCAUCGAUACAAUUCUAUGCCGAGCUGACAUUCCUCGAUUUGUCGUCGAAUCACCUGAUGACCAUACCGCAGCGCACCUUCGCCUAUCAGAGGAAACUGCAGGAGGUGCAUUUGAAUGACAAUAAGAUCGGCGCAAUCAGCAAUAAGACAUUCAUUGGGCUGUCGGCGGUGACGGUGUUGAAUUUACGCGGUAAUCUAAUUUCCGAACUGCAUUUGGGCACCUUUACGCCGUUGGCUAAAAUUGAGGAGCUGAAUUUGGGUAAAAACCGCAUUGGCUUUGUGGAUCCGAAAGCGUUUGACGGUUUGACGCAGUUGCGUAUCUUGUAUUUGGAUGAUAAUGCUUUGACAUCGGUGCCCGAUCCGGUUAUCUUUCAAGCCAUGCCCAGUUUGGCGGAGCUUUUCCUCGGCAUGAACACUUUGUUGAGUGUGCCCGCGGCGGCUUUCCAAGAUGUGCCGGCCUUAACGCGUCUGGACUUACGUGGCGCUGGACUACGUAAUAUCUCACAUGAUUCGUUCAAGGGCUUGGAGGCGUUGCGUCAACUGGAUCUGUCCGAUAAUCGUUUGACACGUGUGCCCACCUUCAGUUUGAGCAAUUUGGUACGUUUGGAGGAAUUGGCGUUGGGUCAGAAUGAUUUUGAGGUGAUCGUUGAGGGUGCUUUCGUUGGUCUAAAGCAAUUGAAACGUUUGGAAAUCAAUGGCGCUUUACGGUUGAAACGCAUUAUGAAUGGCGCUUUCUCCACAAAUGGUAAUUUGGAAUACUUGAAUCUGUCAUCAAACAAAAUGUUGCAUGAGGUGCAAGAAGGUGCUCUAAGCGGUUUACCCAAUAUGCGUCAUGUCAUAUUGAAAGCAAACGCGCUUACCACACUCGCUGAGGGGCUGUUCCCAUGGCGCGAUCUUAUCACACUCGAUCUCUCGGAGAAUCCGAUCUCUUGCGACUGCCGUGUCAUGUGGCUGCGCAAUUUGUUGGUGGAGAAGAACGGCACAAACGAUGCCAUAUCUGAGGUAUACUGCGCAUUCCCCGAACGGCUGCAUGGCGAAGCUUUGCGCAACUUGAAUCCGGCGCUUAUGGGUUGUACGCACACCGAUCCACGCAAACAGGCUUUGAUCGGUGCUUUGCUCGUCGGUUCGGCUGCCACACUCACCGCUUUGGCGCUGAUUUUGUACCGUUGUCGCCGCAAGAUCCGCGAGUACAUCAGCAGCGGUGUUUGGGGUAACUCGGCUUUGGGACGUAAAGAACGUGAAUACCAGAAGACUUUCUGCGAUGAGGACUACAUCACGCGCCAUCAACAUCAUCCCUGCAGCCUGGGCAUACACUCGACCUUCUCGAACACCUACACACCACACCACCCGGCUGCACGUCAUUACGGCUUUUGCACCAUGCCCAUCAACGACUUGAACGCGCCCGAUGCACAGAAGAAUCUACAACAGCUGCAAGUGCCCACCGCCAGUGUGUUGAACGAGAAGAAAGCGCUACAAGCGGGUGUUAGCAUUGACGAUUGCGCAUCCUACUCGCUACGGCUUAAACCCUGCAACGGCAACGUGGCGGAAACGCAGCAGAGCGUAAACCAUUACACGAAACCGCAAUUCGCACACUCCGGCGUUACGUUGGAUGUCGGCGAGUCGUGCUACUCGUAUGCCGAUGUGCCAAUGAUGCAUUCGCCCGGGGUGAAUACAUGCGAAGCACGCCAACACCAGCUGCGUCUCACCCAAGAGCACUUCAACCAACAACAACAGCAACAACAAAAACAGCUGCAACAGCAACAACAACAGCCGUUGCAUUAUGGCACUUCAUCACGUAGCGAUUGUGAUGCGUCUAGCGAGGUAAUGGAUGCCAAUUAUAUUUACAGCAACACACACUAUUCGAUGCCGUUAGAGCAGGGACGUUGCUCCAAAACGCCAACACCGCCACCACUACCGCCAGCAUUGCCCUUACGUAAUGGUGUAGCGACUACGGGUCGUCGCUCCUUCAUGGGCGCUAAUGCACAAAAGCAACUACAACAACAACAACAGCAGCAAGGCAACAACACAAUGCGUAAUCCACACUGAUCGCAGGUGUUUAGUGUGGGUAAUGAGCUGCCGCUGGCGGUGCGUUACCCCACCUAUCAUCAGCCGAAGCUGAGCUUGUACGCUUAGUGGGCGCCAACUGUGAUGUGACCGCGUGUCGUAGCGUAAGCGUAUUAUCAAAACGGGAGUGAGAGCGUUAAGCGGGGGUAAAAGCGAAAGUAUGCAAGGGAUAUACAGGGGGCGUUAGCGUGUAGGAGAGAUCACGAGAUAGAAUUUCAAGUAUUACUACCGAGGACCCUAAGUACAUAAAUAGUAAACCAACGAAUUAUAUAACUUAAGUAACUACAUAUGUAAUUAGCAGCAAAGACAAUAGGCUAAGUUCGUGCACCUAAAGGUAUGCUUCGGAGAGAGCAUUUUUCAAAAAGUGUGAAAUUGAAAUUAAAUUUUCCAAACAUAAUGAUACUUUUCAAAAAUUUGUAUAUAAAAAAUAAUAUUGAUUUAAAGAAAACAAUAACAAUUUAAAGAACAACAAAUCGGAAGACAUAGCAUUAAUUGUAAAUAACUUACCUAAGUAGUCUAACAACUAGUUUGUAAGCAUUUUUAUUAUAAUUAUUUUUUAUUUUUGUUUCGAAAAAAGCACUGACUUAAUUUUUAAUAACGGUAAUUAUACUGUUAAGCGAAAAUUGUACUUACUUAGCCGUUAAGCGAAAUGUAAAUUAUUUUAUAAAACCUGUUGUUUAGUUAGUAUAUUUAGUUUUAAUACAACAACACAACACUAAUUUGUAAUAGUUAGAAGAAUAUUUAAAUUAUAUAUAAAAAAUUGAUAAAAAUCCACAAAAAAACAUAAUGAAAUAAA